UUGUUUUAUUUCUAUUCAUAUGAUAUAAUCUUGUUCUUUUUAUAAAACCACAGUAAUCAAUAAUAUAAGUGUUCUUUUUUAAAACUAUAUACUAGUUACAUCCAUAUAAAAAUAAUCAUCCAAAAAUGCAAUACAACCGAACCCUAAAAGCAGAAAUAAUAAGAUGUGUUCAAAAGGAUUUAACGUACACAAAUGAACUUAGUGCAGAUAUGUCUGAACUUCUACAGCUGACGGGACCGAGAAAUUGGAUUCGAUAUAAUCACAUGAUCAAUCUGCUGUCUCAAAUUGUCUACCAUGGAUUUGCAUCUUUGCAAAAUCUGCAAACUUUAGGAGAAGAAUACACUGGGAUAUUCCAAAUAGAUAAUAAACAAAUAUCGAUUCCUUCAAAAUUGCUUAGAUUAACUGCUACAAUCUUAGAAUUUGGUGGAGAACAACUCUACAUAAAACUGCUAAAUGAUUUAGAGAAAAGUGUUAUAGAAAAUAAAGAAAUUUUACCAGAAGCAAAGAUAAAAAUAAGGACCACUAUUCAAUUUAUGAUAGGUUCAAUUCCAUACAUAAAAGCUUUUCACAAGGGGAUAUUUUACUACUUUACAUCUAGCACAAAAUAUCACAUUUCCAAACGUAUUACUGGAAUAAGAUAUGUGCACAUUAGAAAUUGGUUAAAACCAGAAUAUUCAUUAUACGGAUAUAAAUUUCUUGGAACGUUAACACUUUUACAAUUGGCCGUAUCAAUUCUUUUAAAAUUGUAUUCUGUUUUCAAAGAAAAGAAUGACAAAAAUCUACAAGACCACUUUACCAAAAGUACAUCGCAUUUAUUACAAAAGUCUUUUGAUAGUCAUACUUCACAAAUACCAAAAUGCACUCUUUGUUUGGAAACAAGGAAAAAUACAAGCUUAACACCGUGUGGCCAUAUUUUCUGUUGGGAUUGUAUAUUGGAAUGGUUAGAUGAAAAAGACGAAUGUCCCUUGUGUCGUGAUAAAAUUAGUAAAUCAAGUAUUGUUCCUUUACAAAAUUUUUUAUAAAAAAUGUUAUGACUUACUUACUU